AUGCACUUGUCCCAUAAACUUAACAUCCUCCAUAGCAAGGUUGAGGCUCGUCCGGCCUCCACGCUGCAACAUCCAAUACCUCCAGUUCUCCAAGGUUUCUACCAGCGCACAUUCCAUCUAGGAGAGACAUCUGACCAUCCACUGUAUGCUGUCAGCGUCCAGUCAGGAUGGGGUUGUAGCCCGCCUGGCGUUACUCUCUAUAGUGGCCCAACAAACAAGCACCCAGUCCUAGCCAAAGCUGCCGAUGAGAUUGGUUCGACACACAACGCUCUUAACAGCGUCGUCCAAAUGCCUCCACUUCCUGGAACCCAUCAAGCCAGCGUGGAAGAUCUGCGCGCAGCAGUCGAUCGCGAAACCGCCACCUUUCAAUUUUCUGUCGAUGUUGGAUACGCCCAUGAUCUAAGGCGUGAAUUUUUUGAAUGGCGUAAGAUCGAAACCAGCCAUGAGAUAGGCAUCCUUCCUCCACAGUUCGAAUCCGGAUUCAGACUUGUUCGUUUGGGUAGCGGUGGCGUCUUCCGGCAACCAGAAGUGGUUGCAACAAUCGCGUUUCACGAUGGCAGGGCUAUGACCUUGCCCUUUAUCUUACAGUUUUAUUCAUCUCUCGGAGAUCGGUGGGCUAUCAUGGUGAUUGUCACGGCGUUGAAAAUAUGGGCACUGAACAUACAGGGGAAGGCAACGGCUUCGUAUAUUUCUGCACAGGGAGACGGCUGGGUGACUGGGACGAGUGUUUAG